GUCGGCGGGGGGCGGUGUUUUGUUUCGAAGUUCUCCUCGAAGAUGGCGGCACGGUGGGUCUCCGGUCUUGCCAGAAGAAGCCUCACGUGUGCAGUCUUUGGGGCGCCACGCAGAGAAUUUUGGUCUCCAUUCAGAAAAGAGAAGCAGCCAGUGGUGGCUGAGACAGUAGAAGAGGUAAAGAAAGAACCUAUCCUGGUGUGUCCACCCAUACAAAGCCGAACAUACAUACCACCUGAAGAUCUCCAGAGUCGUUUGGAAUCUCACGUCAGAGAAGUUUUUGGCUCAUCUGUACCUAGCAAUUGGCAGGAUAUCUCCCUGGAAGAUGUUCAUCUGAAGUUCAGCUUCUUGGCACGUUUAGCUAAUGAUUUGAGCCAUGCAGUGCCUAACUCCAGGCUUCACCAGAUGUGCAGGGUCAGAGAUGUUCUUGAUUUCUAUAAUGUGCCUGUUCAGGAUAGAUCUAAAUUUGAUGAACUCAUUGCCAGUAAUCUCCCUCACAACUUAAAAAUCAUUUGGGGUUACUGAACAGUUCAGAAGAGGAACACAUUGAAAGCAUUUUCUUCCCCUUGAGAGGGAGGUUGCUUAUCAGACUUUUUGAUACUUUACCAUUUGAAAUGCUAUCGGAACUGUUCAUUAAACCCACUUUUUCUGUGGAAGAAUGUGUUAUGUCUCUUUUUUUUGUCAUCAUGAGUUGAUAUAUCACUGGAUUUUCUUUUUUCAUAUUUGCUGAAACUUGUUUUUUUGUAGAAUAAGGAAAUAAUUUACAAAAAUAUUCUUUGGAAGACAACCAUAAUUAACUUGAAUUUUAAGACAUGUUCAGAUGUGGUCUUUGUUCUUCAUAGGCAUAAACUAUUAGAUACAAAAGAAUGUUUUAAUUGUAUUAGAUCUCUUAAAUCUGAGAUAGUAUUUUUAUAUGUAUUACAUACACAAAUAAGGAAAUGGGUAGUUAUAAAAGAAACAUGAAAAUCUGUGUUGUAUAUUAUGAGAGUUUCACUAUUUGCUUUAUUGCACAAGUGGAUAUAGUAGAAAAUGAUACUAUUCAAUAUGAAUUAAUCUCUUUUGAAAUUAAAAUAGAUUUCUUGAA